CUUGUAUUCUUAUUCUUAUUCUUAUUCUUACUGUGGGAGAUGGUUGAAUGUCGAUAACAUGCUCCAUCUUGACUCUGAACUAUCGUGACCCUGUUCGAUCUCAUCCAAUAUUACUCUCAAUACAGGACAGUAACACGCAAAUGCAUGACGGUCAUGUCACUACUUCCUGAUUCCAGUCUGGCCCACGCCGCCUGCAGUGGAAAGGCCAGGAGUGAUGCGAAACCCUCCGCGAAUGGACCCGUCAAGCAGGGUUACUCGCGUCUGCGUUCGAUCUCCGUGCCGUCCUUGUCCUCCGUCGUGCGGGACUCGCUCUCGUGGGCGGGAGAUACCCUCUAUCCCCGGAGGGACGCCAAGUGGAGAAAGCUGAAGGAGGAGCAGAAGGAGACGCUGGUUGUGGGGGAGCGGAAGCAGGUUGCGUAUUACGAUAUGGAGAAUGCGAGAACGUAUGAAGCUUGGGAGAAGAGUGCCCGGGAACUCGAUCGACUGGAGGGAAAUGAUGCGUGGAAGGAAAUUGAUGAAUGCGACGAGUACAAUGCCAUCCUGGUGCGGGAGCGCCUGCAGCAGCUGGAGGAAGCCCGCGAGGCGUGGGACAUCAGUCGGAUGUUGUUUUUGGUGCGCACCGCCUUGACCCGCGACCUGGGCUUCAUGGGCCGGAUCUCCCUCUACCGGCAUUCGCAUUGGGGCACCAAGAACCUGAUCGAGCGUUACAUCUCCACGGCUGUCGACACCAUCUCCGCGCUGGUCGACCUCUCUGGGAACAACCGGUGCGAUCGGAGAGAACUCCGGUAUAUCCUCGACCAGCUGCUGGCGGCGAAGCAGGCGUUUGGUCAGAGUGCCCUGCUCUUUUCCGGCGGGGCUACCUUUGGCAUGAGCCAUAUUGGCGUGUUGAAGACGCUGUAUGACCAUGAUAUGCUCCCGAGAGUCAUCUCAGGCGCGUCGGCUGGCAGCAUCGUCUGUGCGGUCUUCUGCAGUCACACCGACGAUGAGCUCCCUGACCUGCUGGACAAGUUCUCGAGCGACAAUCUGUCGGUGUUUGGCGAGCCGGGCCAGGAGCCCAAUAUCUUCCAGAGGAUCUCGCGCUUCUACAAUCAUGGGUCGUUCAUGGAUAUCAGCCACUUGUCUAUCGCCACCCAGAGCUGGCUGGGUAAUCUCACUUUUCAAGAGGCGUACAACCGCACGCGCCGUGUCCUGAACAUCUGUGUCUCGUGCGCGGGGAUCUUUGAGCUUCCCCGGAUCUUGAACUACAUCACUGCCCCGAAUGUGCUAAUCUGGUCGGCCGUGACCGUCUCCUGCUCCGUUCCCUUCGUCUUCUCACCUCCAGCCCUCAUGUCCAAGGACCCGGUGACUGGACUCCCGGUCCCAUGGAGUGAUGUCCACGGGAAAUACAUCGACGGGUCGGUGGACAGCGACCUGCCCAUGGACCGGUUGUCAGAGAUGUUCAACGUCAACCACUUCAUCGUCUCCCAGGUCAACCCGCACGUAGUCCCCUUCCUCCCCAAGGACGAAGGCGCGAUGCACGCAUCAAGCCGUCUAUCCCCGUUGAGCCAGCCAUGGGUCGGUUCCUUAGUGCGCUUCACAAGAGACGAGAUCGUGCAUCGCAUCAACACAGCAGUUGACAUGGGAUUAUUCCCCACAGCACUGACCAAGCUGGCAUCUAUCGUGGACCAAAAAUACUCCGGCGACAUCACCAUCUACCCAGAGAUCCCCCUGCGCGACUUCCCCCGCGUCCUCACAAACCCCACCUCCGACUUCAUCGCCGAGUCCUGCCUCCGCGGCCAGCGAGCCACCUGGCCCAAGAUCGCACGGAUCCGGAACCACCUCGCCAUCGAGAUGGCGCUGGAUUCAGCCAUCCAGCGCGUGCGGGCGCGUCUAGCCUUCUGCCGCAGCGAGGUCGACCUGCUACGCUUAAGCUGCAUGAUGGACGUGUCAGGCGACAGCAACAGCAACAACAACAACAACCGAAAGGGUGAAUGCUCGGACUACGUAACAUACCGACGGAGCUCCUACAGCCACGAGUUCGAGAUCAAGAAGGGCGUGCUAGACAACUUCCGCAGCCGCCCGCUGCUAAGACGGACGCAGAGCGGGGCGUCGCCCGCGCGCCUGGGCACCAUGACCCCGGCUAAUCCCAACGAGACCAGCGUGGAAGACUCGCCGCCGGCCGAGGGCAGCUAUUACCCGGACGCACAGGAACCGCCGUUCUACGGUGGCAUCGACGACGAGACGUUUGACUCGCUGGAAUCUUCGUCGGCCGCGCAUGACUCGCUCUCGGCCUGGCCGCCGUCGUCCAUCCCCGCUUACUUCCAGGAGACCCUGGCUGAUGUGACGUCUCCGACGGCUACGGACUAUUCUCUUGACCUGCGCUCGAGCCAGAAUCGUCCUGCGACAUCUGUCCCGAUCAACCCUCAGACAAUGUUGCUUAUGACGCCUGCCAAGUCUCGUCCGAAGAAUUGACGCGUCGAUCUGGGGUGUCCGGUGAGCUGCAGAGGAACCCUGUCCUGCAGAUAGAUCCGGCCAUUCCAAGCCAAACAUGUUUUGUGAGGGGUGAGGGGUGAGAGGGGUUGUCUGAUGACCUGAUGCACCCUGCCAAUAGUUCUCUUGAUGAAUUUGGGUAGGUGUUUUGCGUAGCAUAGAUUUGGGUUAUAUCGGUCUUUUUUUUUUUUUUUUUUUUACUGUCUUGUUUAACC